AAGAGUUUAGUAACACAGCGGAAGUGUUACCCUGGAAGGUGGAGCACCGAGUGUGUGUGUGCGUGUAAGUGUGUGUGUGUGUGUGUGAGUGAGUGAGUGAGUGAGAGAGACUUCAGCGGGGACUCAGGUGGCAUGAUGUGGACUCGCGUGCUGGUCGGAGUUGGGGUUUCGGGGCUCGGGGUGUCGGGGCUCGGGCUGCGGGCUUCCAGAGACGGCGUGCUGCGUGUCGCUGGAGCUGGAUGUGCCGGGAGGAGGCAGCAGCAGAGACAGGCUUCAAGUGCAGAGGCAACCUUGAAGAAGACUCCACUGUUUGACUUCCACAGACAGCAUGGGGGAAAGAUGGUGGAGUUUGCAGGCUGGAGUAUGCCUGUCCAGUACAAAGACAGUCACAUCGCCUCACACAUGCACACCAGAGAGCACUGCUCCAUCUUCGACGUCAGCCACAUGCUGCAGACCAAAGUCCAUGGCAGAGACAGGGUGAAGUUCAUGGAGUCUCUGGUGGUUGCAGAUAUUGCAGAACUCAAGGACAACCAGGGUACGUUGUCCCUCUUCACCAAUGAGAAAGGAGGAAUUAUUGAUGACCUCAUAGUGACAAAGACAGACCAGGGCUACCUCUACGUGGUCUCCAAUGCUGGCUGUGCCGACAAGGACUCAGCUCAUAUGAAGGCCAGACUGGCAGAGUUCAAAGCUGCAGGUUGUGAUGUGGAUCUGGAGUUUCUUGAUGAAGCGCUGAUUGCUCUGCAAGGCCCGUCCAUGUCUGGGGUGCUCCAACAGGGGCUUAAGGAGGACCUCAGUAAGCUAACCUUCAUGACCUCCACCCUGGCCACUGUGUUUGGUGUCCCUGACUGCAGGGUCACUCGAUGUGGAUACACUGGAGAGGAUGGAGUGGAGAUUUCUGUCCCUCGGUCCAGAGUGGUGGAGCUGACAGAGAAGCUGCUCGCUAACAGUGAGGUGAAGCUGGCUGGUCUGGGCUCCAGGGACAGCCUGAGGCUUGAAGCUGGGCUUUGUCUCUAUGGCAACGACAUAGAUGAGACCACCACACCUGUGGAGGCCACCCUAGUCUGGACCAUAGGAAAGCGUCGGCGUCAGACGAAGGAUUUCCCUGGUGCUGACAUCAUCAUACCCCAGAUCAAAGCCAAGACAGCCAGGAAGAGAAUCGGUCUGGUGUCCACCGGCCCCCCCGUCAGACAACACACACCCAUUCUCAGCCCUGAAGGAAAGGUCAUAGGUGAGGUGACCAGCGGCUGCCCGUCUCCCUGCCUGAAAAAGAACGUUGCCAUGGGUUACGUGGAUGCCGCAUUCUCCAAGAACGGAACAGCCAUCCAGGUCGAAGUCAGGAAGAAAGCAGUGGCGGCCACCGUCAGCAAGAUGCCCUUCGUCCCCACCAACUACUACUCUGGAUAGGAGGGACACACACACACACAAACACACAUGCACACUACACUAACACUGGAACAUUCCCCCACUCUGCCCCUUGUUUAUCAAUGCUGCCCCCUUCUGUUGCCUCCACACAUGCAACACCAAUGUAAGACUAAAAAGUCCUCUGAGAGAGAAAAAUUCCAAAUUAUAAACUGUAAUCCAAUAUAACCUGAUCACAGAUCAGUCACAGUCACUUUCAUGGAGAGUUUGUAUCACCCAGACACUGAGACACAAGGUAAGUGUAGGUGCAUUUACUUUGUGCAGGACAUUUUAAACAGAAGACUGUCACACUACAUACAGUCAGUCAGUGUUCUACUGUGUGUUUAUGAAAUGCAGUGUAUAGCAACAUGGUUUCACCUGUGGAUGGAUGUGUAGAAAAUGGUGAGCAAUUUAUAGAUGGAAUAAAUAAUGAGCAGUAUUACUGAGUCUGAGAAUGAAUGUAUGCCAACAGUAUGGAGCCUAGAUGCUCUGUUAACAUGGUUCCUACACCAAGUUAAGUUUUUCUGUUUUGUAAGAGAAUCACAGGUUAAACUGAAUCAACAUACUGCACUUUCAGCAAGAAUGAAAAACUGGGGCUGUGUGGAUCCAUUAAACACUGGUAUUUAAUUAACUUUUUAGGUUUUUAGAGUAUAGGGUUUUCUAAUGAAACAUAUCAUUUUCAUCUGUCACUGCUGGACCAAAACAAAACAAAAAUCCAAAUGGUUGCUAUGAUGUUAAAUCAGUACGUGUCUGCAUUUUUGUUUUUUAAGGUCUUUUAAAUACCACGGAGCCAAAUUUCAGUUAAUCUUAUUGUUAGUUGUAGAGAACUUGAUUAAGGAGGUCAAACAGGGCCAGCUGACAACCCUUUCAACACAAAAUUCCUACCUGAUAUGACCUGAUUAACGCAAACAUGUGAGUCCAGUUUGUGGAAGUGGAAGUUUUGUGUUAGCAGAGCAGAUUUUCUCAUUAGGACCUUGUUUUGGAGGGAUUUUUUGGGACUGAUCUCCUCAUCAGACAAACCUGACCAGUUUCUAAGACUAGUAUAACAUGUUGAACCUUAAGUUUACACUACAUAUGGUACAUUGAUAGUCUAACUUUAAAAGUUAAUUGUCAUUAUGUGUGCUCUGUCUGACUACUGAUGAAAUGUAAUUUCUGCAUUAAACUAGGACUUUUUGUUGAGCUUUGUAUGUCUUAUUUUAUUAAAAUAAUAUCAUACUAAAUCUAGAUUAGAAAAUAUUCUCUUUAAUAAAGGCAGUUGACCAUCUUUUUUUAAAAUAAUGUAUAAAUGUUGACUAUUCAUUAAAAAAAUCUUCUUAACAUUA